UUAAAUACUUCCAAGUCCCAACUCCUGUCUUCGUCAUUCACUUGUUUCACACUCCUCCUCCUUUCUUUCUCUUUGCCUUGGUCUUCACUCUCGCACCAUGCUCCGCUUUUGCUUCCUUUUGCUGCUGCUGGGGCUCGUUACUGCCGAGGACCCUUACAGAUUCUUCAACUGGAACGUCACCUACGGUGACAUCUAUCCCCUUGGUUUUAAACAACAGGGCAUUCUCAUCAAUGGUCAAUUUCCUGCACCCGAAAUCUACUCUGUUACCAAUGACAAUCUCAUCAUUAAUGUCUUCAAUAACUUGCCCGAACCUUUCCUCAUAUCCUGGAGUGGUGUUCAGCAAAGGAGAAAUUCUUAUCAAGACGGAGUCUAUGGAACCACGUGCCCCAUCCCCCCUGGCAAGAAUUUUACCUACACGCUUCAAGUCAAAGAUCAGAUCGGAAGCUACUUCUAUUUCCCUUCUCUUGCGUUCCAAAAAGCUGCUGGUGGCUUUGGUGCUAUCAAAGUCCUCAGCAGACCAAGGAUUCCUGUCCCUUUCCCAGAUCCAGCUGGUGAUUUCUCUCUUCUCGUCGGCGAUUGGUACACCAUCCCUCAUCAGAGAUUGAAGGCCGUUUUAGAUGGUGGUCACAGGCUUCCUUUCCCUCAAGCUUUACUAAUUAAUGGCCGCGCAAACGGCACUAGUUUCACUUUGGAGCGAGGGAAAACGUAUAGGCUCAGAAUAUCAAACGUGGGGCUUCAGAACACUCUCAACUUCAGGAUUCAAGGCCACGACUUGAAAUUGGUUGAAGUUGAAGGAACUCACACUGUACAGACCACCUAUUCCUCAUUGGAUGUUCACGUGGGACAAUCUUAUUCUGUUCUCAUCACAGCUGAUCAGACACCAAAAGACUACUAUAUUGUCGUGUCCACUCGUUUCACCAACCAGGAACUCACUAGCACCGCCAUUCUUCAUUAUAGCGACUCUCAGCAACCUGUCUCCGGCCCUAUUCCUGCUGGACCAACCACCCAGAUCGAUUGGUCUCUUCAACAAGCUCGUUCAAUCAGGACUAACCUUACUGCCAGUGGACCGAGGCCAAAUCCUCAAGGUUCUUACCACUAUGGUCUGGUAAAUGUAAGCAGAACGAUUAUCCUGGAGAGCUCAGCAGCUCAAGUUCAGGGCAAGCAAAGAUAUGCAGUGAAUAGUGUAUCCUUCAUCCCAGCCGACACCCCCUUGAAACUAGCAGAUUACUUCAAGAUUGAUGGUGUUUUCAAGGUUGGAAGCAUCCCAGACAACCCCUCGGGAAAACAAAUGUAUCUCGAUACUUCAGUCAUGGGAGCUGAUUUUCGAGCCUUUGUUGAGAUCGUGUUUCAGAAUCACGAGAACAUUAUCCAAAGUUGGCACAUUGACGGAUACUCGUUCUGGGUCGUAGGUAUGGAUGGCGGUGAGUGGGCGCCUGCUAGUCGUAAUCAGUACAACCUCAGAGAUGCAGUUUCCAGGUGCACUACACAGGUAUAUCCCAAGUCAUGGACUGCAAUUUACAUGGCACUGGAUAACGUGGGAAUGUGGAAUGUGAGAAGUGAAUUUUGGGCAAGACAGUACCUUGGCCAACAAUUCUAUCUGCGAGUGUAUUCACCAGUGGAAUCGAUCAGGGAUGAGUAUCCAAUUCCGAAGAAUGCUCUUCUCUGUGGCAGGGCUGCCAGCAGAACUCCACGAUGAACAUGAAGUUGCUGGAGAACGUACAGAAUAUCAGUUGACCCAUUCUUUGAAAAGUUCAAUAAUGAUUUAUUUGAAUAUCGGAAUUCCACUACACCAUGAUCAUAAAUUAUUUACAAUUAUUUAUUUUUUUCAUGUUGUCACUUAUCAAUGCUCUUCAUUGACAGAAAUUAUUCACACUAUUUCAACCUCUC